AUGAAAAGACGACUGUUGGGCCCAAAACGGUCUGCUGCAGGCUUUCCACUGUCAUCCUAUCAGUCCAACAAGCACUCACCCUCCGGACUAGUCGAUUCAGUCAGUCAGCGUCGUCGAGCUAGAGGCCGUGGUCGCGGCCGCGGCCGGGGCAAGACCCCGACCAACCUGCGACAAAGAAAGGCACGAGGUAAUCGUCACGGCGGUCGAGGUCGAUCUGUUAAUCGGGAGCUUCCCUCGACCAGACCUCAUCAGGUGUCCCCACUCUUUAGCCACACGCGGUUCCCACCUGAGUCUCACGCCCAACCUCUUAGUGCGGCCUCUCCAACUCAUGCCGCGCCUGCGAUCUCGCCGUCUGGCCCCCUUUCACCACCGUUGCUGGUCAGAUCUCGCGCGACUGGUAGUCUAUCCGAGAACUCUGAUAAGCUACCCGAUGCAGUUAGUAUCGUUCAGAACGAGGUGAAACCUGAUGUUAAA